AGCGCACUCAUAUUGCUGUAAACAACUAUGAAUUUCCUGUUUUUCUUAUUCCUCCUGGGAGCUUGCCUAGGGCUAACGAAUGCUAUAACUUUAGAAAAUUGUUGCAAGAGAUGCCACCCAAGAAGCGGAUGGUUGGGCGUAUACCAACCAUAUGGAAAGAUUUCUUAUAUCGACGUUAAUUUCGGAUAUUUUGUGCUCGGAAAUUACAUGGACAGAUUCCUUCGUAACGUUUAG